ACCCUGACUACAAAGUUGUGCGGCCGCCAAGUUGUCAAAGUAAACAAAGAAUUGUUUUUUUUUCUUAACAAUAUUUUUAUUUACAAAACAAAAGCAAAAAGUUAUUGUUGUUGUUAAAAAAUUUAUUAUUAACUAAACUUAUUAUUGUUUUUUGUCAAUCUUUAUUGCACAAAUUUUUAAUUUGUGGCUUUGUAACAUAUGCGUUUUUGACAAGAACAAUGUUAUUUUUCUUAAUUGUGCUUACAUUUGUGCAAUUGUUAUUAGCCUAUAUCUUCUGUCGAAUAUGGCUAAGAAAUCGAAAAGAAGAGAAUAGUAUCUGUAUCCUGGUUUUAGGAGACAUUGGAAGAAGUCCACGAAUGCAAUAUCAUGCAAUUUCUUUCGCAAAAGAAAAGUUUGCAGUCCAUCUUAUAGGUUAUCCGGGCUCAACACCUUUACAAAGAUUUUCUGAAUUUCCUAACGUUAAAAUCGAUUAUCUUACACCUCCACCGGAUCUACAAAAUAAAGUAACACGUCUUUUUUCGUAUGUAAUAAAAGUUAUUUGGCAAUCUGUGAAUCUUUUGGCUAUUUUGCUUGGAAAAUGUCACUCGUCUCAUUUGAUGUUACAAAAUCCUCCAGCAAUACCUACAAUUCCGAUAUGCUGGCUUUUUUGUAUUUUGUCGAAUGCAAAAUUUGUCAUUGAUUGGCAUAAUUAUGCUUAUUCAAUAAUGGCUUUGAAUCUAAGUCACACUCACAUUUUGGUCAAGUUUGCUAAAUUUAUUGAAUCAUAUUUCGGCAAGAAAGCAGACUAUAAUUUUUGUGUCACCAAAUCAAUGAAGAAUGAUUUGAAAAUUAAAUGGGGCAUAGAAGCAAAUGUUUUGUAUGAUCGUCCAGCAGAACGAUUCCGGCCAAUAACAAUUGAAGAAAAGCAUGCAUUAUUUUUAAUAUUGGGCGAAGAUUAUAAAAUAUUUCAAGGAGAGAAUGAUACCUGUACAUUAUUUACGGAAACAUUAUCCAAUGGAGAAAUUCAAAUGCGUUCAGAUAGACCAGCUUUAUUGGUUUCAAGUACAAGUUGGACUGAAGACGAAGAUUUUUCAAUUCUUUUGAGCGCUCUUGAUGAUUAUGAAGCAGCUUGUGUGGAAAACGAUUUGCAUCUUCCAAAAUUGAUAUGUGUGAUCACAGGAAAGGGGCCAUUGAAAGAUUUUUAUAUCGCUUUAAUCGAGAGAAGAAAUUGGAAAAACGUAACAGUUAUUACGCCUUGGCUUGAAAAUGAAGAUUAUCCUAAAAUUUUAGGCAGUGCAGAUUUAGGAGUGUGUCUUCACACAUCGUCCAGUGGUUUGGAUUUACCGAUGAAAGUGGUCGACAUGUUUGGAUGUGGACUUCCUGUUCUUGCCUUCAACUUUCAAUCAUUACAUGAAUUGGUGCAACAUGAUGAAAACAGUUUGAUAUUCUCUAAUGAAAAAGAAUUGUCCUAUGAAUUGAAAAUGUGGUUCAAAAAUUUUCCCAAUGACAUGGAACAAAAGGCAAAAUCCAGCAAAUUCAAACAAGAAUUGGAAAAAUUCCGAUUAAUUGGAUGGCAUGGAAAUUGGUCAGUCACUGCAUUACCUUGCUUCAAACAAUGAAAAUCUGAAAAGACUGCAAUUUAUUCCUCAGGUUUUUAAAUACUAUUUUUUUUUUCUUAUCUAUAAUUAUACGUUAAGUUGAGAUAUAAGUAAUUUUUCUUAAUCAAGAAAAAGGAAUGUUACUUUUACAUUCCAAUAUAAUAUUUCUUAUUCAUAACGCAUUUAGCGUUUUUGUUAAUUUUCAAACAAAAUUAUGAAAAAUGUUAUUUUUGAUAACGUCUCAAAGACAAUUUUAUCAAGAUUAUCGUGGACUAAAAAAUUAAACCAAACAUUAAGACUAGUCCUAAAUUUAAUUAUAUAUAAAGAUAUAUUUUUGAUUUUCUACAUUUUAGACUAGUUGGAUAUUAAUAAUUAUGAAAGCUCUCAAUAUAAUGCACUUUCAUUAAUUUUGAUAAAUGUUCUACAAUUUAAUAUAUACAUAUAUAUACAGCACAAUGAAAUUUAAUAUUUAUUUAUUUAUCCUAACUUCCUGAUAUUAGGUAGUUACAUAAAUAAUGAAAAUUCCAAUUUUAUUAAAGAAUAUUUAUUUACAAAUAUAUUUGUAAAACAAUUAAUGCUGACAAUUAUUAAAUGUACAAAAAAAAUUUAAUUCUUGUUGUAGAAAAAAAAACUCAAAAAAAAAGUAAA